AUGACCACACCAGCGGGGUCUGGGACAGGAUUCGGUUCCGUGUCAUGGUGGGGUCUGUCCCCAGCAUUGGACCUGCAGGCUGAAAGUGAGUGAUCCACCUCGUUGCUUAGCUACCUCUCACAGGACUACCAACCCCAGCAUGCUAUUAUCUUGCCAGGUCCUCCUGCAGACCCAGACCCGCAGGUACAAACAGAGCCCGGCGAUCCUAAGCUAGAUGUGCUGCUGCUGGGCUCUGUGGAUGGACGGCACCUGCUGCGAACCCUGGCCCGGGCGGCCCACUGGCCUCGCAGAAAAUUCAACUUCUAUGUGCUGGAGAAUAAUCUGGAAGCCGUGGCCCGACACAUGCUGAUCUUCAGCCUGGCCCUGGAGGAACCCGAGAAGAUGGGGCUACAAGAGAGGAGCGAGACCUUCCUGGAGGUGUGGGGGAACGCGCUGCUGCGCCCCUCGGUGGCCGCCUUCGUGCGCGCCCAGGCCGAGCGCCUGGCGUGCCUUGUCCCCGAGCCCGAGCGCCUGGCGGAGCAGCUGCCCUGGCUCAGGCUGGACGCCCUCAAGUUCCGAGAGCGGGAUGCCCUGGAGGCCGUGUUCCGCUUCUGGGCCGGCGCGGAGAAGGGGCCCACGGCCUUCCCCAUGAGCCGCCUCUGGGACUCGCGGGUCCGCCAGUACCUGGGCUCCCGCUACGACUCCCGGCGCGGGGUCAGCGACUGGGACCUGCAUAUGAAGCUGUACGACCGCGGGGCCCAGGUGAUCCACAUCCGCGAGUUCCGGCGCUGGAGGGACACGGGCGUCGCCUUUGAACUCAGGGACUCCAGCUCCUACCACCUGCCCAAUCGCACCCUGGCGUCCGGGCGCCUCCUGAGCCACCGUGGAGAGCGCGUGGCCGCUCGCGGGUACUGGGGGGACAUCGCCACAGGGCCCUUUGUGGCCUUUGGCAUCGAAGCAGAUGACCAGAGCCUCCUUCGGACCAGCAAUGGGAAGCCCGUGAAGACCGCAGGUGAAAUCACCCAGCACAACGUGACGGAGCUGUUCCAGGAGGUGUCCAGCUGGUGGCGCCCAAGAGCCAUCCAGCGGGACCUGGAGCAGGUGCAGCCGGAGGAGACCGGGAACCUGCAUCCAGCAUCCCCUACACAGGAUGCCUUCAUUGUCCACUUCCUGCCCCUCGGUUCUGCCCAGACGCUCCACCACAAAAGCUGCUACCAGGGGCGGUUCCACCUCCUCUACCUGGCCUGUGGGAUGGUCCAUCUACUGAGUCCUGAGCUGGGGGCCUGCGUGGCCCCCGGAGGGCAUCUGACUGUGGAAUUAGCUCGGUACCUGGUCGACCUGAGGCAGGAGCAGCUGCAGGCGUUCUCUGACCGGGUCCGGGAGCUGGCUCAGGCGGCUGGGUUCACUCUGCAGUCUGGGGACAGGUCCUCGGAGACCUUCGCUCGGUUCUGCAGGACCAGGGGUGACUCCUCUCCAAGAGUGAGUGAGGAAGUUGUGGGAGCCACAGGAACCCAGAGCCAGCCUUCCCAGCUGCCUCCUCUGCCUCUAGAAGCCAGGGCUGCAGUCAUGAUCCCGCCUCCUGAAGACGUGGAUACGCCCCCUGAACAUAUAGUCCCGCCCCCUGGCGACAUGGCACCACCCCCUGAAGAGGUGGCCACGCCCCUUGGACACAUAGCUUUGUCCCCUGGCGUCUUGACUCCACCUCCUGAAGAUAAUGUCACGCCUCCUGAACUAAUAGCUUCAACUUCUAGUGCCAUGACCCCGCCUCCUGAAGGCAUGGACACACCCCCUGAACACAUAACCCCGCCCCCCGGUGGCAUGGCACCACCUACUGAAGAAAGGGCCACGCCCCCUGGCGCCAUGACCCCACCUCCUGAUGACGCAACCACGCCCCAUUAA